CACGACUAUAUCAAAGAAACUACUUUAACUACUUACAUUGAAGGAUUACCAGAUAGCAUCCGAAAUAUCAUAAAAUCUAGAAACCCAUCCACUUUGGAAGACGCUAUGAAAGUAAGCUUAGAAGAAGAAAAAAUAUUUUUAUCAAAUAAAGAAACACGACGUUUGUUCCAAAAUAAAUCUAACGCUAAUAGCACAAAUAAAUAUUGCAAAAACUGCCAAAAAAGUAAUCAUAAUACGAAUGAGUGUAGAUAUAUAAAUCGUAGCAUAGACACAGGGCAAAACAGCAAACAAAAAAACUCAAAUACAAAGCAAGAGACAUGCGCAUAUUGUAAAAAAGCUGGUCAUUCCAUAGAAAAAUGCUAUAAAAAAAAAGGAGCGGAUGAAAGAAAAAAUAAUCAACAAGAAGGUGAUAAAGGAAAUCAACAAAAUUAUUCGGGAAACGGAUCGGGACCGAAUGCCUCGGGCAGUCGUUCGGUCAAAGAUUUAAAAAUAAUAGCCCAAACACAAUAAGAACCUUACCAUUUACAAUAAAAUUACAUAACGACCAUGCAAUAUUCCAAGCCUCACAAUGUACGUCAGGAAGUGCAAAACUCCUAAUAGAUACCGGCGCAAAACUAAACCUUAUCCGACUUGACGUAUUGCAUGACGAAGUUCUAGUUUCGGAUACUAAUAUUUAUCAGUUACAAGGAAUAAACGACCGCUUAGUCAACACUAUGGGUGGUGUUGUACUCAUGAUUUCAGAUAAGAACCAAACUUUUGAAACCGAAUUUCAUGUGGUACCAUCGUCAUUUCCAAUUGACGGGGAUGGAAUUUUGGGUAAACCUUUUCUAAAGGAAAACAAAAUCAUCAUCAACGUAGAUCAGGAGGAAAUAACUUAUCCUGACAAUGCCACAACAACCAUACCAGCCAGAAGCGAAGCGAUAAUUCCUAUACGAAUAUUAAACGAACCUAUAACUGAUUCACAAAGUAUUCUUAUUCAUGCCCAAAACAUUAAUGAACAUAUAAUCUGUGGAAAUGUCUUAAACGAAAUAAAACAAAAUCAAAUACUCAUUGCUGUAAUAAAUCCAACAGAAAACCCACAAACUGUGAAAAUUCCAAAUCUAAACGAAUUAUCUCAUGAAACUUUUGAAAUAGUACCUAUAAAAUGUACACAAAGUAAAGAAAUUCCAAAAAAUGCAAAUAAUCGUAUUCAACUAUUAAAAGAAAAUCUUAGAUGCGAUCACAUGAACAAUGAAGAAAAAGAAUCCAUUGAAAGAUUAUGCAGUGAAUAUUCAGACAUUUUUUUUCUUGAAGGAGAUACAUUAUCCUGCACAGAAACAAUACAACAUGAAAUCAAAACGUCAGAAACAAACCAACCCAUAUUUCAGAGACCAUAUCGUCUCCCUUAUUCUCAAAAAAAAAGAAAUAGAUAAACAAAUUGAACAACUCGAACAAGAUGAAAUUAAUUUAGCCGAAAAAUACAGUUAUCUACUUCAUGAAAUGCAAGCAGAGAAAGCUGCAAUAGGUAUCUUAAAUUUUAAAACAGCACUAGAAGAAAGAAUAUCAUUAUUAAAUAUCAUUUUAACACAAUACGCAUUUGAAACAGAAAAUUUACUAAAUAUAAUAAAUAUGGCCCUACAAGGUUUUGUUCACUCCAGUAUAUUAGAUAUAAAUACCCUUAAAAACCAAUUAAAAGAUAUUAAAACACAAUUACCCAUAGGAGAAGGCAUACCAAUAGAUUUAGAUAAUUCAGGAAUAUCAGAAUUGUUACGACUAAUUACAACUAACAUAGUAUAUAUAGAAAAUGUAUUAAUUUUUGUCAUAGAAAUACCUAUAGUUAACAAUUAUGAAUUUAUAUUAUAUAAAAACAUACCUUUACCAGUUAACAUAUACGAUAACGACUAUGUAAUGAUAGCUCCAAAAUCUGAUUAUAUAGCUAUAGAUAAAUCUAGAUUAUAUUACUUAGAAUUAAGCGAAAUACAAAUAUCAAAAUGUAAACAAAUGAUGAAUACGUUAUUAUGUACUUAUGAUCAACAGUUACAUCAUUUGGAUGAAUCCUGUGAGCUAACAAUAUUUAGAAAGCCAGGUAUAUUACCUAAUUUGUGUAACUUAAAAAAUGUUAAUUUUAAUUUUAGUAUAUGGCAUAGAUUAGAUAAUACAAAUUCUUGGAUAUAUGUUACGAUUAGGGAUAAUAUUAUCAUUAAAUGUAAAAAUAAUUCAAAAACAAUAGUAGUAAGUAUAAACGGCACAGGCAUUUUAGAUUUAGACAAUCAAUGUGAAGCCAAUACUGAUGACGGGACAUUAUUAAUAGCAAAAAGAAAAAUAACUACAAAAAUGUAUAAAGACUUUAUUCCACAACUAGACGUUUCAAUUAACUGGAAAACUAAAUUAAACAUUACAAAUACAAUUUUAAAAAAUUCAAAUAUUCCAGAUAAAGGUAAUUCUAUAGUAAAAAAAAAUUUUAUUCAAACUAAUAGAAUACUCCAAAUCACUAGAAGAAUUAAAAUACAUAAAAACAAGUAG